GCGGAGUGUGAGUGUAUCUGUGAAUCGCUCCCAAGUGCACUCAGACCACACCAGACAAGACUCGGUAAACGGAGGGACGCACACGUUGGGAACGAAACGCACCGAAAGGACUUAAGGCACGGCGCUUUACUGCAAGGCGUAUGACCGGCGGCGGGUGAAGGAUGCUGUCAAGCCGCUCCGUCGUUGUGGAGUGCGGGUAGUGCACGACGACGCGCUGCUCCGGGUUCAGGUCGCGCAAACGGACGCUCCGGUUCUCCGGUGCCUGUGGGUUGGAGAACCGUGUUUGUGGACUUUCCAUCACACUGGACUUUUAGCUGCACGCCUGCUCAGCAGUUGUCGAGAUUUUUUGAAGGAGAUCGGUGGGGCAGUAUUUAUUUAAAGAAAGAUUUUUUUUUCCUUACUCAUUUUCCCCGAGGUAGUUUUAACUCUACGGCUUCUAUUGGACUUUCCCCCCGCUUGUUUCCAGUAUGGGACCUUGUACUAAAAGUCGCUGUGGGACAUUUGACAUUGGACUGGAAUAAUGAAUUAGCUGACAGAAAAUGACAUUUUCCUUGUUAGAUCGCUCCAGAUCUUCAGCGCUCUCCUUUUUAGCUUGUUAGCGAGAUGUUUCGUGUCACGUUCGCCCCGAAGAAAUGCGCACAGAAAAACUUUGGAUUAUGAUAAGUCACCCGUGCUGCAAGUUAAACACUGCUGUUUUACAUUUUUCUGCUUAAGCAAAGACAAAAAAAAGAAGAGCAGCCAAGUGCAGCGCGUAAAUCCUGAGGACGCGGACACAGUUUACGUUCGUAUUUGGACACAGUCUGUCCCUCUCUCCUCCGCGUCCUUGGAGAAGUUGAAAAACAAAAACAAUUGAUCCACAGCAAUGAGAACUUAUCUGGUGAGUUUCAGCAUUUAAAGUAGAUAAAGCAGUUUAUUCAGCAGCUGUAAUACAAACAUUUGAAUAGUUUCUUGUAUAUCUUUUUUUUUUUUUUUUUUGGCUUUUUGCUUUGUGGGGACAGACGGAAAAACUGGCAAACUGGCCGUCAUGUGGGAUUGAUUGCAAGGGAGUAUGUUUGGGCUGGAGCAGUUUGGUUCUCAGAUUAAUAGCAGAAACCCUGGCCAGUCAGAGAGAAACAUAAACCAAUCGAGACUGAACAUGGGCUCCCAUUAUAAAAGCCCAGGUUUUCACGCUGGAGGCCCGCCGGGAGCUGUGGAACCCGGCAUGGGCCCUCUGAGCGAGCCACAAAUGCUGGGGCUCAAUAUGAACAUGAAUGGAGAGCAGUACGGGGGCUUUCACCCGCGGGGCCACUCGGACAUGCAUGCAGGCGGCGGGCUUCAGCAGCAGCAGCAACAGCAGCAGCAAGGACCCAUGCAUGGAUUUUUUAACAACCAGCAACCUCAUCAAGGACAUCCUCACGGCCAUCAACCUCACCCCCACCAACAUCACCCUCAUUUCAGUGGGAAUUUCGGAGGCCCGGAGCCAGGGUCAUCAUGCCUGCAUGGUGGCAGGCUAAUGGGCUACAACAACAAUGGCAUGGGACCACAGCAGGGCUUUGGAGAAGGAUUUGAUCCUCUUGCUGAGGGACAGGCAGGGGACGGCUUUCCCCAGCAGCAGCAGCAGCAGCAGCGGCCUGGUAACAUGCCUGACUUUCAACAUCACGGGCCUCCCAGUGGCAGCCAUGCUGUCCCUGCGCCCUGUCUACCCCUCGACCAGUCACCUAACAGAGCAGCAUCCUUCCAUGGCCUCCCUUCCUCUUCAUCCUCCUCCUCUGAGACUCAUGGCCUGGAGCCUCGGCGGAUGCCUAACCAGGGAGCCGUAGAGGGAUUAGAGUAUAACUUCCCAAGUGAGCCACCAUCUGGACAUUUUGAUGUACCUGUAUUUUCCCCAUCAGAAUCAGAAUCUCAGUUACCCCAUUUUGGGCCAGGAAGGCCAGUUCCCAGCGGGAAUUUCCCAGGGAACCCUGGCAUGCCACGGACGCCAGGUAUGCAGGGCAUCUCUAAGGGACACCAGCCACCACCACAGCCCCAGCAGCCUCAGCAUGGAGUGUUUUUUGAGCGUUUUGGAAAUGGCCGGAAGGUGCCCGUGGGAAUGGAGCCGGGGGUCAAUGCAAGACAUCCUCUCAUGCAGCAGCAACAACAGGCUAGCUUGAUAGCCAGACAGAACUCAUGCCCCCCUGGCCUCCCCCGACCCCCUCAGGCUGAGCCCGGCUCUACUAACCCUAACAUUCUGGACGGAGGGGUCAUGAUGCCUGGCCAACACAACCAGUUUGAAUAUCCUAUUCACAGACUGGAAAAUAGGGGUCUGCACCCCUAUGGGGACCCCAUGUUUAAUAUGCAACAGCCAGCUCCUCCUCCCUCCCAACAGCCCCCGAACCAGAGGCUGCAACACUUUGACUCUCCUUAUAUGAAUAUGGCGAAAAGGCCUAGAUUUGACUUUCCUAAUGCACAUGGCGGUGAAGGCUGGUGCGGUGGUAUGGAUAACCACCUCUCUCCCUCUGCCUACCCCGGCUUGCCUGGAGAGUUCACCCCACCUGUGAGUGAAGGUUUCCCACCAGGUCCCCUGCAGCAUCCGGGGCCUGAGCAGCAGUCUCUGCAGCAGCGCCAGAAUGCAGCCAUGAUGAUAAAACAGAUGGCCUCUCGCAACCAGCAGCAGAGGAUGAGGCAGCCCAGUCUGCAGCAGCUGGGUCACCACGGCGAUGUACCUCCUGGCCCAAUGGCUCACGGAGGCCCAGUGGGGAACAUGCCCCAGCCCAACUUUGACAGGGAGAAUGGUGGCAGGAUGCCCAACAUUGAUGGACAAAAUCCUCAUGUCACUCAGGAGAACUCUUGGUUCCAAGGAUCCCACCCACCAGGGGAGAUGAUGUCACGGCGUAUGGGUGGAGCGGGUAAUGAAUCAGGGCCCCAUGAUAUGGGGCUGCAGCAGAAUGGGGCUGGGAUGAUGUUUAGGCCGGGCAUGGGCAUGCAGGAGCCCAUGAGAAUACCUGGGGAUGGGCACGUGCAGGCUCUGCACUCUCCGGGCAUGCACUCACAAUUCAGCGGCAACAUGGGCAACCUCUCACAAAUGCAGUCUCCAGGAGCAGGAGCAGGGCAUCCCAAUGCACCAGCAGAGAGGCGGCCAGCUGACUUCCCUGCUCCUCCAAUGGGAGCACAGCCAACGUUUCCCUAUGGGGGGGCUAACCGUCCAGGGCCAGCCCACAGCGCUCCCCAGGGGGUAAGCACCUCACCAGGGAGCUACCCUCCUCAGUCUGAGUUCCCCUCAGGCCAGCGGUCGUCUGUUAGUAAGCUUGGAGCUCUGUCCCUUGGGAACUUCAGCAAAACCAGCACUAAAGACAGUGUUUUCGGCCAGAGCUGCCUGGCGGCCCUUUCCACAGCCUGCCAGAACAUGAUCGCUAGCCUAGGGGCCCCCAAUCUUAACGUAACAUUCAACAAGAAGAACCAAAAUGAGGGCAAGCGAAAACUGAGUCAGACAGAGCAGGACAUUAAUAGCAGCACAUCUAAUGGGACUGGCAGUGCUGGUCCUGAAUAUUUUCAGAGCAGCACUUCCCAGAACAGCCAGAUGCCUGGCACCGGGAAUAGCAACUCUAAGCCUGCAAGUCAAAGCCAGACGGUGCAGGGGGAAGCCAGUGCCCUCUCCCCAAAUUACAACAUGGACGCUACCCCAUGCAGUGAGGGGAAGGCAACAACAGGGAGUGGGAGAGGGAGAGGGAGGAGAAAAAGAGACAGUGGACAUGUGAGCCCUGGAAUUUUUUUUUCCUCUGACAAUGGUAACCCUGUUGUAAGUCCAGGCCAGCAGACCCCCUCAGCUGGCGUUGGGGAGAGGGGUGGGGGCACGCCCCAUGACAAACACCUCCAAUCACCUUCUUGGGGAAAAGGAGGAGAACUAAUGUUGGGGGACCAGGCCGACCUGAUGUCUUCUUUGGACAGUGGCAUUCAAAGCGUGGCCAAGUCUGACAGUAGCUCACCGCGAGUGGACUUUCCUGACGAUGUCAGCACCCACUAUGGCAAUGAGGAUGAGGUGUCCUCCAGCUCAGAUGCAGGAGGGGCCUCAGCCACCAAGCCUAAUCGCAGCCCUCUAAUCACCGGCUCACCCAAAAUGCAGAGGAGUGACCAUGGGUUGAUAAAUGGACAGAAGCCCCUCGGCAUGGGCAUUAACAAUCAUACUACCUCGACACCAGACAGUUAUGGACUGAAUGCUGGUGGGGGCACAGGGGCUAGUGGUGUGAGUCACCCGGGCACUCCUGGAGUGGAGCAGGUACGCACCCCGUCCAGCACCUCUGGCCAGGAAGAAAUCCACCCUCUGGAGAUUCUGCAGGCCCAGAUCCAGCUUCAGCGACAACAAUUCAGUAUCUCUGAGGACCAGCCCCUGGCCAUGAAGAACGGCAAAAAGAAUGGCGACUGUCCCUCACAGAACGGAGACAAUGAGCUGGCGAGCUGCAGCCCGGAUGCUGGGAAGGGCUCAAUGGGCACUAUUGACCUUGACACCCUCAUGGCAGAGCAGCACGCCACCUGGUACGUGCCCAGUGACAAGGCCAUGAUGGAUGGGUCAGAGGAUGACAAGGCCAUGGGACCCUGGGAAAAAAAUAAGAGCCAAAACAACAGUAAAGAAGAAUCGGAGCUGUCCCAGAGUAAGGCUGGAGCUGGGGCCCCGGGGGCCGGAGGAGGAGGAGGAGGAGGAGGAGGAGGAGGAGGGAGCAGUGGAGGGAACCACCUGCAGUGCCUGUCCGUCCACUGCACAGAUGAGCUGGGGGACAGUAAGGGCAGAGGGGGGCCCGUCUCGUCCUGGCGCUCUCUCCAUUCUGAUAUCUCCAACCGGUUUGGGACAUUUGUGGCGGCACUGACUUGAACAGAAAGCAGGCCCAGCAGGAAGAAGGACAGAAGGACAGAAGGAUGGAAGGACGGAAGAUUACAAAAUACGAAGAAGGAACGAUUAAGAGACAAAUAAUGAGGAUGAGGAUGAUGAUUAUGAUGAUGGUAAGGUGUCGAUGAGGCAACUGCAAGCAGCUCUUGCCUGUUCAGGGAGAGAAAGACAUUUACACUCAUAAAUGCAAACAUGAACAAAGACACACACACAUGCACACUCACGUAAACACACACCCACACAUAUAAACACAUGCAAAUACCAUGUUUUUUCUGAUACAUGCAGUCACUCUUUAGGAUCUCUCACAUACUGCUGGACAAUACAGCUCGGGCUCUACUCAGUGACGCCCAAAUCUGGAAAACCUCAAAUCAAUAUUUUUUUUUUUUUUUUAUUUUCUUUGUUGAAGAAAAAUAAAGAAAUGUCAAAGGAGGAGAAUACAAAACCAGAAGAAGCAGAAGAAGAGAUAUUCAGUUGUCAUUGGUUGUGAUUGUAUACCAGUGUUGAGUCUUUCUUGUGAUGCGACCAUUGUCUCAUGAUUCUACUCUACUGUUUGUUGCCUCCCAACCCGUAAAUUUACUGUCUCCAAAAGUACAGAAUUAGAGAUUUUGCCCCCACACACACAUUCAAAUGAGGCCUACAGGUUCAUUAGAAGUGGCCUGCGCACCAAGAAGCAAGAACAAGAGGAAGACGUGAAGAGACGGGCGAUCAUGCAUGAAUGUAACCCAACAAUUUUUUGUGAACAUAACUUUUUCCCUCUUUGUCAAAAUAAAUUUUAACCUUUUUCAUUUGCUGCUCUUAAUCAUUUAAGAUUUGUUGUAGUUCUCUGUUCUUUAUAUUGGCAAGAACAUCCUUCUCUCCUUUUUCUUCUCUUCACUUCUGCCACCAACCUUAUGAGCUCUACCACUUGUGUACAAUUCAUCCAAUGGGAACUGAAAAUGGAGGUCAAGGGAGUGUUUAAUAAGGGAAUUGAAAAAAAAGACUAUUGGUAUUGCACAUGUAUAAUAAGAGAAAAUUUGCUGUGUGUUAGGCAAUCUUGUAAUCUUUAAAUAAAGCUUCUGUUGAAUUUGAAUUUCUGAAACAAUAGAUGGAGGACUGUGACGGCAAUUUACGAACUGAUUUUGUUUUUGUUUUUUUCCUUUUUUUAAUGAUAUGUAAAGUGCAGUCGUCUGUUUUCCUGCAUAUUGUAUAUAUCUGUAUAUGUUUUAUUGAGUAACUAAAUAACAAUAAAUAUGACGUUAAAGGUG